AUGAACAAGAACGAUUCCCACACGUACAACUUUGCUCUACAAAAAUACAUACUCCUUCAGGAGCAGCAUGAAGAACUGUCCAAUCACUUGGAGCAAAUUCGACCGCGCAAAUCUUCAUUCGCCAGUACUUCGACCAGCUCAUCCGCUGCAUCGUCAACGUCGUCGUCAUCCCCGAAGAGACACCAUCCUUUUAAUGACCACAAGCAUGGACGCACUCGAACCUGCUAUCGUCAUCGGGAAAUGACUGCCGUUGAUACUCUCGAUACUAUUAUUGAUGAAGAAACAAUACACGAGAUCUCCGUCGAGGAGAAGCGUCUGUUUGAUGUCAACGAGAGCAUCAAACGUGCCUUAACCGAGCUUCUCAACUGUGACACUGUCCGUGGCGAUAACUCGAUGCGAAUGUGGGCACAAGCUCGGUUAAUGGAAACUGAAAAGGAGCUUCGUUCUGGGCGACGGAGAAAGAGCUCGCCAUGUAUGGAGUAA